AUGGAUAACUCCUGUUACACUUGUCGCCGCAGGCGCAUCGAAUGCGAAAUGACUGCGCCUCCUUGCAAGAAAUGUAAAAAGGCUGGACUGGAAUGUUUCCAGAAGCGGCCUUUCCGAUGGGUCCAAGGUGCAGCCUUUCGGGGUAAGAAGAAAGUUCCUUCGGUCAAGGAUGCAUCCGUUUCUGUGACGAAGUUCAACCUAGACUCAACAAGGAGAGAUGGUCCAUGCACAAGGAUUAUAACCAAUGCCGAGUCAAUAGCCAAUGAUUAUGCUUCAUUGGAGUAUGGUGAGGAUACCCCUGAUGACCCCUAUGCUUCAAGCCUAGACAAGGUUUCUAAAUACUACCUAUACUAUUAUAGCAAAUGCGUAUGCAAGCUGUUCGUUAUGUAUGACAGCAAGAGGAACCCUUUAAGAAAUGUAAUACCCGCUGCAUUGAGCGACUCAGUCUUAUUGACGUCUAUUAUCGCGCUCUCGGCGCGCCAUAUGGCUAAUGGAGGCCAAUCAUUCUAUGAACUUGGAACAUCAUCCCUUCCGGCAUUAACUGACGCACACCAUAAUGCUCUUUGGUUCAAAUACAAAGCUAUACAAGAGCUAUCGCAUACUUUGAGCGAUCAGAAAUUAUAUAAGAAUGAUACAGUAAUCGCCAGCGCAUUUCUAUUGAUUUUCCUGGAUCUCUUGGAGUCCGGAAGCGACAAGUGGAACAUUCACCUAGAAGGCGUCAAGAAAUUGAUUACUCAGAUUCAACCCGUGGGGUCAGGGAGAGGCACCGAGCAGCGCCUUGGGGAGACCGUCGAAGAGAUGCGUAACUUCAUUAUAAGACAGAUCUAUCUAAUUGACACACUCGGAGCAACAUACACGCGUCCCCGGCUGUUAUCUAACACGCCCUCUCUACAUGAGCCGACAACACCCCUCCAGAUGAGUCUUGAUAAGUCCUAUUUAGGUUGUCCUGAGUUUCUUCUAGAUGCUCUGCGGUCCUUUUCAAUAUGUAGGGAUAUGCUUGCAGGUUCAGAUCCCCUCGAGGAGGGCAGCCUGCAAUCAUACAUUGAGAAUGUCAGCAUAGUACUUAACCUAACACAAGACUUUGAUUGCCGGGCCUGGGCAUCGGACCUACCACAACUAGACACUCAUUCGACACAUGAUACUAACAUGCUGUCAACGUUAGCAGAGGCAUACAAAGCCGGCGCACUCAUAUACGGCAGACGCGUCUCAGAUGCUCUUGUCAGAGAAACGACACCCCUCAAUCACUUGGUGGGUGGAUUGAUUGCUAUCAUCGAGGCCAUGAGGUGCGAUGAGGCCCUAUUCAAAUGCAUUCUCUGGCCUAUGUUUGUUGCGGGCUUAGAAUCCCAACAACAAGACCAGCGAGACUUCAUUAUCAGUUGUCUGGAGAAAUUCUGGUUCGAAACAAAAUGCAUCAAUGUGGUUAACGCUGCAAAUAUCUUGAGAAGGUUCUGGAAGAUGAGUGAUACCCAACAGACAGUGUCCUCGCAGUGGAUAUUCAAUAUAGGGCAGCUGGGACGCGACUGGCUUCUUAUAUAGAGGGUUGUGCCACCC